AUGGACUAUUUUGAAUUUGCUCGCGUCAAGCCUCCAAUUCCAUAUACCAAGGGAUGGAGAUUCAGUGCCCGAUCACAUGCUACACCAGCGCCCACACCAGUGACCCUAGAUGGAUGUCGCAACUCCGACAAUGGGAGAGAAGAAAGAGCAACACUCAGUUCUGUGGAUAGAUGCUGCAAACAUCCUCCGCUACCAGGGGAUCUUGGGCAACAAACUGUCGACCUCGAGGUCUUGGACCCUAUAAGAGUUGGUGACGGACAUAGUGCACAAGUCUUUAAUGUCCGUGUCCUAAAUCCGGAGUCCAACACCGAGACAUUUCAGGGGACAAGGGAAUUGGUUGCUAAGGUGUAUGAUCCGCUCUACCUCAAUGAUCUCGGCGGUUAUCUCAAUCCAUUUCUCUGCGUGGACAAGCAUUACACCCAUGAGGCACACACGUAUCGGGUGCUCUCCGAUCUCCAAGGGGACCUGAUACCCCGCUUUUACGGGUCUUAUUCUACAGAUAUCGAAUGUCAAGAUAUCGGUGACGAUGCGGAGAAAGAUGAAAUUCGUCCACGGACUGUCCGCCUGAUCUUGAUUGAGCAUAUCCCUGGAAGAUCGAUGCUACAAGCCGGCCCAGGCAAUUUCCCCCAACGGGAUCGCCAGCAAAUCAUGAAAUCCGUGAUAGAAUUUGAGUCCGAAGUCUAUAGACGAGAUAUACUACUUACCGACCUGAGUCCCAGGAACGUCAUGAUGGUUCCACCGGGCUCGCGCCGGCAAUGCAGCCUUGUAUUUCUGGAUUUUGCUGGCGCUCUCUUCGGCCGAAAGCUGGAUGAGCCGCUGCUUGCCGGUAGGGAGUUUUUCCUCGGCAGUACAUCUCUCCAAUUCUGCGAUGGAAGAAGGGUAUGA